AUGGCGCCAGGUGAAAGGAUUAAAUGUCUACUCCAAAUUCAACAAGGUGGUAAUGCACCACAGAAGUACGCAGGCAUGGUCGACUGCGCCAGGCAGUUAUAUGCAGAGGGUGGAAUAAGGAGUAUUUAUAAAGGCAGUGUGGCCACAAUAUUGAGAGAUGUACCAGCAAGUGGUAUGUAUUUUAUGACAUAUGAAUGGGUGAAAGAGGUUCUCGUUCCAGAGGAUGCAAGCAAUAAACUGAAGAUGAUAGCCACAAUAAUAGCAGGUGGUUGUGCUGGUAUAGCUAACUGGCUAGUGGGCAUGCCAGCCGAUGUACUCAAGAGUAGGCUUCAAACUGCUCCAGAAGGAACAUAUCCUAAUGGUAUGAGAGAUGUCUUCAAACAAUUAAUGGAGAAAGAAGGUCCAUUAGCUUUAUAUAAAGGUGUUACACCUGUUAUGAUAAGAGCUUUUCCAGCAAAUGCUGCAUGCUUUGUUGGAUUUGAAUUUGCUGUGAAGUUCCUAGACUGGGUUGCUCCAAACCUU